AUGACGAAGCGUAACCCCGACAUUUCCAGUCCGUUCGAGCGGGGGUGGGGUGGAUUGCAGCCAAUCGCCAAGCGCGGAGAACUUCCGACUCCCAGCUCUCCCCGCUUUAUCGGCGUCCUAACUGCCUUUUUCACCCGCAGCAAAAGCCGGCCUGCAGAAAAACCCUACAUUUUGCUGGAUUUCUUCCCUUGCGGCUAUUGA